GAAAACUCUAGUACGCGAACCUAGAAUAAUAUACACAAACAAAACAAUAAAAAAGAACAAAAUCCAGUUCUAUCACACUAUAUAUGAAUAUACUAUAUCUGUUUACGAUGGAGAGUAAAUGUGCACAUAAUAUACGCAUAAAUAAAAACACUAAUAUCAUGUCAGUCAUGGUCCAUAAUUUUUAUUUUAAUUGAAUUAAGGCAGCAGUAGCCUAUUUAGCGAUGAAAACAACAAUUAUUGUCAUUUUUUCUUGGAUAACUACAUCCCUGUGUCAAGAUGAAACUCUGCUUCACUGUUCCCCAAAACCGGGUUGUCAGGUUGCUCAAUGCGACAUAGCAGCGGAAUGGAUGCAUGAUUUCAAUUUGGAAAAAUAUCUUUACAAUAAUGAAUAUCCUCUCACAUGUAAAUGGAAGAGUGGCGAAAAACCACACAGCGACGCAAAUUUGCUUGACAUAAUGUACGAAAACUCAAAAAAUAUUGAAAAAGUGGAAUCAGAACUGAAAAACUCAGAAAGAAAGUUUGUUAAAACUACAGAACACGAAAAAGAGCUGCAGGCAUUACGAGAGAAGAAUCAAGAGCAAGAUGCUCAAAUAAAAGUCUUACGUACAGCGUUGACAAGUAUGGAAGAAAAACUGAAGAAGAUUGAAAAUUCAAAUCAUCCGUUCAUCACUCCAAUUACUACAGCACCGCCGAUGAAAGAUUCAGCGUGCGAAAUAAAGACAACAAACUCGUGUUAUUCGAUUACGAUACAUGAGAGGCUCGAUAUUGAUAAUUAUGAAGCGGAAAACAUUUGUAAGAAGAGAAAUUCUGUCAUUGCUCAGAUUUACGAUGAAAAAUCUUACGAAACUAUUAUCAAUCAUUCGAGAAAAACAAUGCCAGCACGAGAGAAUUGGAUCCAACUUUGGAUUGGAAGUACGAUCAACCCACUAACUGGAGACAUAACACCUACAAAUGCAUACAUGAAAUGGUUUCCAGGGCGCCCAAGACGAGGGGAAUUAAAUAAUGAACAAACACACAUUUACAUUUAUAUGGGACGAGAAGCGACAAAUCCCCGGCAAGGAAUGGUCAAUAUACAACCAUCAUUCUACAGGAAUGGGGUUCUAUGUCAACUGCUGAACUACUAAAUAAAAAAAGUUUUUGAAUCGAUUGUUUCACAUUAAGGUGUAGUAGAACGUUCAGGUUCAGAUGAAAAACAUGUUAAAUACAUUUCAUUUUAUUAAUUUUUUACACAAAUAGAAUAAAAAUAUGAUGCAAAAUGUGUUCUUACGACAUUGAAUAAAACAGCAAAAUUUAAAAUGAAAUAAGUAGGUAUAAGUUUAUUUCGACUGCAUAAUUAGCAUGGUAGGUGAUAAAAUAAGCAAUAAAAAUAAAACAAAUAAAAAA